AUGGAGUGUAGCCAUGGUGAGCUGUCUAUCCUCAGUCCAGGAAAACUGAUGGCUGUGGAGAAGGAGGAAAAUGAACAUAGAAGCCCCUUGGCGGCCGCCCCGCCGGCGCCCCGCGCCUACAGCCUGCUGGACUGCUGCUGGGUGCUGUGCGCCCUGCUCGUCUUCUUCUCGGACGGGGCCAGCGACCUGUGGCUGGCGGCCGAUUACUACCUGCGGCGCCAGCUCUGGUGGUUCGGCCUCACGCUGCUCUUCGUGCUGCUGCCCUCGCUCGUGGUGCAACUGCUCAGCUUCAGGUGGUUCGUCUACGACUACGCGGCGCCCCGAGCCCCCGGGCCGGCCGCGAACCCGGCCGCGGCCCCCGCCGCCAGCACCAAGGACAGCGGCUGCACCAAGGACAGCGGCCGGCCCGGCUCCGCGCUCCUCUCGCCUCCCCCCGCCCCGGCCCCCAGCGCCUACCGGACCCGGGGCUGCUGCCGCCUCUGCAUCUGGAUCCUGCAGUCCCUCAUCCACCUCCUGCAGCUGGGACAGGUCUGGAGGUACCUCCGGACCCUGUACCUCGGCCUCCAGAGCCGCUGGCAGUCAGAGCACAGGCAGCGCCACUUCUUCUGGAGGAUGAUGUUUGAGAGCGCGGACAUCAGCAUGCUGCGGCUGCUGGAGACCUUCCUGAAGAGCGCCCCCCAGCUGGUGCUGCAGCUGAGCAUCAUGGUGCAGCAGAACAACAUCGAGCCUCUGCAGGGUCUCUCGGCCUCGGCCUCCCUGGUGUCCCUGGCGUGGAUGAUCGCCUCCUACCAGAAGGUGCUGCGGGACUCGCGGGAGGACAAGAUGCCCAUGUCCUACAAGGGGGCAGUGGUGCAGAUCCUCUGGCAUCUGUUCACCAUCGCUGCCCGCGCCAUUGCCUUCGCCCUCUUUGCCUCCGUGUUCCAGCUCUACUUUGGCAUCUUCAUCGUCACGCAUUGGUGCAUCAUGACCUUCUGGAUCAUCCAAGGGGAGACGGACUUCUGCAUGUCCAAGUGGGAGGAGAUCAUCUACAACAUGGUGGUGGGCAUCAUCUACAUCUUCUGCUGGUUCAACGUGAAGGAGGGCCGGAGCCGCUGCCGCAUGGCCAUCUACUACACCAUCACGCUGGCGGAGAACGCGGCCCUCACCGGGCUCUGGUACAUGUACUAUGACCGCCAGGCCACCUCAGACUUCGACGCCUUAAUCAUCGUCUGUGUGGUCUCCUCCAGCUUCGCCCUGGGCAUCUUUUUCAUGUUCAUCUACUACUGCCUCUUGCACCCCAAUGGGCCAGUGUUCGGCCCCCAGACCACAGGCUGCAUUUUCAAAAAGGCGCCGGCCGCCUGCGUGGGGCCCCCAGAGGACGUUAUAACCAGCCCCCCGCGCUCCCUGCCACGGACUACAGGGGGGGAGAGGGAAGGAGUGCCAGGGGACAGGGACAGCUGCGUGCCUGUUUUUCAGGUCAGGCCAAGCGUCCCCCCGACCCCUGUUGCCCGUGCCCCCCGGACAGAAGGGCCCGUCAUCCGAAUAGAUCUGCCCAGGAAGAAGUACCCGGCCUGGGAUGCCCAUUUUAUUGACAGGCGGCUCCGUAAGACGAUCCUAGCGCUGGAGUAUUCUUCUCCGGCUACCCCGCGCCUGCAGUACCGCAGCAUGGGGGCCUCGCAGGAGGUGCUGGAAUAUGAGACCACGGUGUAGGCCACCACGGGAGCCAUGUAACUGCCUAGCAUGCCCCCCUGCCGUGGGGCUGACACAAUGGUGCAUUUCCAGAGCCCAAGGGGGUCGCUGGUCGGAGCCCACUGGCCGCCAGCCACGCCUGGCCUUCCGCUGCGCUGGAGAGUGGCUGUUCAGUAUCUUCUUAGCAUUUUGCCUUUUGUGUUCCUUAGCACUGAUGGCCCCCCACCUCCCCGCUCUACCCCCCCAUCCCAGAGGGGUUGGCGAGGUCAGCUGGUGCUACCCCCACACUCUGCCUUGACGAGCUCUCCCUCUAGCGAUGCCAUGGCAAAGUUUUCUUCCCUGGGCCCCAGCUGCAUCCAGGCCACCUCCCUGGCAACCCCACAGACAGGCCCAGAGGAGUCCAUCCUCCCCUCCAGGCAGGCGGCUUUGUUGGUGCUGAAAUACCUCACCCGUACCUGAGCUCAAACAGCCUGGAGCUGCCCCACGGUGUGGCCGUUAGCCACCAGCAAAGGGGCAGGGUACCUGGGGCAGGGGGGUUUGCACAGAGCCCGGCUGGAGAAGGUGGUGACUCACCACUGGUGAGCAGCUUCCCUGUGGGUGUGAGGACUGGCCGGAGCUGGGGAGCAGGGUGCGUGAGGGGCCGUGGAGUGGCGGGGUGGGGGGAGGAAUCGGGGCAGGCAGAGUGCCCUGGAUACAGAAAUGCACCACAAAUCCCCGCUGCUUUGGGCGGGGCGGGGCCUGGGAAUUGCGGCUGAGGCGUGCAGAGCUUGGGGGGAAAGGUGGGACCCUGGUUGCUGGAACACACGCUGGGUGCUGGGGCGUGCCGAGGGUGCUGGGGUAAGGUGGAGCGUGGCAGUUGAUCAACAGGCAAGAUCACAGCCACAAUCCUUUAUCAUUUGUGUAUAAAGUCUGUUCCCGCAAUUCCCCGGGCCUUGAAAUUGGGGAAUGGCCUUGGGCCCCCUCCCCCUCGCUCCUCCCACACACACCCUGAGACCCCUGCCACAGCUGUGCCAGUCCCUGGGGGCAGAUGCACUUCGGCCUCUAAGUAAAGGGGCUAUAGGAAGGUUAAUAAUCCCAGCGACCCAUGGGGUGAGCGUGGCGGAGGAUUCUCCCUAGAGUGUUGGGGUCACGAUGGAGAGAGCCCGUGGGAUCCCAAGGAGCACGUCGGCCAAGCUGGGCUGGCAGGAGCUGGAGACAACAGGGAGAAAGCUGGAGCAGAAUGGGGUGUUUGCUUGAGGCCAGGCCAAGCCAGGGCCAACAGCCCUAGCAGGAUCAACGUCAGAUUCGUACCAGUGCCAAUGGCCAAACUCCCUGGGUCUUCCGUGGGAGCGGCUGAGGGCAGUGUCGUCACGAUGCAAGAGCCCCAGGGCUGCAGCCAUGCCAGGCACCAUCACACACCCAGCGUUUGCCACUCUGCAGUGCUGGCCGUGCCAUUCCAGCUCCUGUGCAAGGGACGCAGCGGGGCCGGGCUUGAUUCCGGGGCCUUGGGUGGUAAAUGCUGCGUCUGCAGGGGCUGGGUGGGCCCUGUUGGUGCAGGGAUGCAGUGUCCCGUCACAGCUCUGCAGGCAUGGUACUGAGAGCUGAGCUGGGGGCAGUGAUCUCUCACUGGGGGGGCUGUUUCAGUUUUUUUGUGUGAACCGGCUGGUGCGUGGGGAGGGGCUUUAUCACCAGCAUGCCAUGAAAUGAACAAAGGCUCCCGCACUGUUCAGGCCAGGCCAGCAGACAGGACAAACCCCCUGUUUGCAGAUCCAUGGCCCAGAUACCGCCACCACUGAAGGACAAUGAUCCCAACAAGGCCUUUUCAAGCCAGACUUGUACGGCUUGGCAGCGGGUUGUGGCAGGUCUGUCACUGGAGACUGGGGGUGUUUUGGUUGCUUCUUCAUAUAUCUUCCUGCUUGUGUGUUUCCACAUCUGGAAACCCUGCAGGCUUUUAAAUGACUGCAGGGGAGGGUGGGGGAGAGGGGUGUCUUUUACCAUGAAGAUUAAUAGGUCACAAAGAAAGCCGUGUGCACACACCCCUCCCCCUGCAGAGGGCCAGCCCCACCUCUAUUCUGACCUGACUUCAUUGCACACACAGGUCUGAGGGAGGGCAGUGUGAGGCCUGGGCAUGCAUAGAUGCACACCUGGAUCUCGAGAGAUGAAUUUAAAAAACCCGUUAAGUGCGCAGGUGCUCCCUGAUUCCUGCAGUUGUGUGCGCAAACCGGUUCAUUGCACGGGCAAAAGGCUGAUUAGUCGCAUUUACCGAUUGGCCUGGGCAGAUGCAUUAAUCAAGAGCAGCAAUUAGGUGCCCCUUUGUCACCUGCAAUGAAGAGCUGACGCUUGCUGAAUCCCUGGCCCACAGAGAGGAUCACACAGUGCCACCUCACUGAUCCCAAAUGCCCUUCGGUCUCCCACACAGAGCGCCAGCUCCUACUCCGAGCCCCAUGAUUCCAAGGGGGGGCUGCAACCAAGGGAAGGCAGAUGAUGCCGUGAGAGCUAACGGCCUUGGCUCAGGGCUAUGCCUGAAACCCCAGACCUGCUUCAGCUGCUGGGGGAGCCCCAGCUGGCCAGGCCCAAGGCCACCUUCCAGGCUGAAAUGGGGGAAACUCAAGAGUUACGUGACAUGGCAAAAGCAUGUGGAGGUGGGGGGAAGGCAAAGCCCCUCAUCUCAUUUUAAGCCUAGCUGUAGGGUUACGGGGGGACACGCUCUACAGAGCCCCCCCUUCCCCCACCACGGACAGGCUGCUCGCACUUCCCAUGAUCAAAGCCCCACCAGUUCUCCGAGUCCCUUAUGGGAGAGUCUGAAAUAUCCAAUUUCCUGUUUCUUUUUGCCCUCACCCUUGGAUUUAACCCUUUGGCCCCUGCAGCUGUCGGCUCUCCCAGCUCUGGUCCCUGUGUUCAUUCCAGUGGUUCUGCAGCCGGCUUACCCUGUGUCCUCUUACACAGCUGAGCAGCUUGUGACUGGCACCGACGGGGGCACAGGGGGACCUGGGUCACUGCUCACACAGGGGGAUAUCCGAGUCUCCUCUCCUGUAGCCGG